GCACAGCGGCAGAGGAGGCAACAACAAAUGUGUCUGUACACAGAAGCUCAUGGAAACGGUGUUCUGCUCCAGCUCACCCACAGAGCCAAACACCUCCCUCACACCCCCUCCCCCUCCACCUAGAGUCUCCACCAGUCCUGACCGGGUCUGGACCCUGGGGACGUACAGCUGCACAUGACACCAUCACACAGGAAUCCUGCUGGCUCCUGUUCACCCUCUGCAUGGCGUUGUGUCUCCCCCACUGAUCUGGAAACAGUUUGUGCAGUUGGAUUCUUUCUCCAGAGCUCAGACUCGGUCUGAGUGCGGUCAGACGGGUGGAGCUGGAGUUUCUCCCUCCCCUCACCUGCUCUUAAAUGCAGGUUUCCAGGGCGACGCUCUCAAAUCAGAAACAAACAGUCCCAAAAUAUGAGGGGAGGCGUGCAGAGAAACUGCUUCAGACCCUCAGACUUUGUCUUGCUGGUUUUCACCAACACUCCCAGUUUGGACCUUUCUCCAGUUUACAUUUUUACUGAAUUAGCAGACAGCACCCAGUUCAGUCAGCGCUGGCAUCAGGAACAGUAAGAGACAGUAGCAGGACUGGAUGCAGACCUGCAGGGGCUGAGCUUUAUACAACUGGUCUUUAGAACGCGUAAACCAGCCCCUUGUCUUGUUGUUAGUUGAGCAUGUUAGAAUCACACAGAUGCUUUCUCCAGAGGCCCUGCAGCGUGGACAUUGUCUCAGCCUGCCUGUGAUGUCCUGCCCCCCGACCCCAGAUCCUGGGCUGACCUGGAUCUGAGCAGGACCUCCUGAAAGGCUCUGCUCAGGGCAGAACACAGUUUUCCUUCAAAUUUAAAUAAAACCACACACUGAGGCUGCAACGAAGGGGUCUCACAGUCUGGUUCUAGACCCUCUGUUGGGCCACAGCAGGUGUUUCUGGCUGUUACCAUGGAAACGUGGGUGUUGUCUUUUUAUUUUUACUGAUGCGUUUGUUUCUAACCUUUAUAAACUAAAUGGGUGACGUCACUUCUCCAGUCAAACCGUGACUCCUGCUGCGGAGUCCCGUCAGGAUUCUGGUCCCGUUCCAGUAGAAAUACUCGGGCACGCGCUUUACGCUAGCCACGAUGCGUGCACGAGCCUUGUGGAGCAGAGCUCAGCUAGUCUCCAGCUGGGCGUGGGCACGCACCUUGAAUUCUCUCCCCGCUCAGCACAACCCUUUGUCGGAGUGGAUCCAGUUUGUUGUCUCGGUCCUUCUGCUCCUGGCUCCGGUUCCCCGGACAGCUGUUGCCGCUCCGGUGGCUUUCCGUCGCGUUGGACCCUCUUCUCCUCCAUCUACCCACUUCUUCACUUCCAAAGUCUGCAGAGCCGGUUAUUUUUGUUGGUUUCAGUCUUCAUCCAGGUCCGGUACCCCCGGUAACGGUGGCAGACAUGAAGUGGAGGGUCCCGGUUCUGCUGUCAGUCAUCUGUGUGCAGCUCACUGCGGGAGUCCCGGACGGACCGGACGUUCAAGUGAUUGACGUGUUGAAUCUUCAGGACUCGAAGCAGAGCACAGCAGCAGUGGAGAAGCUGUCGGCUGGUCUGAGCACGUUCAGUGAUGUCUAUGUCGUGUCAGCGUUCCGACUGCCGGCGAAGCUGGGCGGUGUCCUGCUGGGCCUCUACAGUAAACAGGACAACAGGAAGUUCCUGGAGCUCGGUGUGAUGGGGAAGAUCAGUAAAGUUCUAGUUCGUUACAUCCGGGCUGACGGGAAGCUCCACACUGUUAACCUGCAGAACGCCAACCUGGCUGACGGGCGGACCCACUCCAUCAUCCUGAGGCUCGGAGGUCUUCAACGUGACAGCAUGAACAUGGAGCUCUAUGUCGACUGCCGAGUGGCUGACUCCAGCCAGGGCCUGCCACCACUGGUCCGCCUGCCUCGAGAAGCGGAGAUGGUGGAGAUCAGACAUGGCCAGAAGGCCUACGCCCGCCUCCAGGGUGCAGUGGAGUCCCUCAGACUGGCUAUAGGGGGCAGUGUUGCUAAAGCCGGAGCUCUGACAGACUGCCCGUUUCAAGGAGACGCUUCAGCCUACAACUCAGUGAGCGGGGAGGUCAACUCCAUCCUGGGUGAUCACACCAAGGCUCUGAUUGGUCAGCUCAUCAUCUUCAAUCAGAUCCUGGGAGAGCUGCGACAGGACAUCAGAGAACAGGUGAAGGAGAUGGCUCUGAUCAGGAACACCAUCCUGGAGUGUCAGGUUUGUGGGUUCCAUGAGCCCCGUUCCCGCUGCUCUCCUAACCCCUGUUAUAAAGGUGUGUCUUGUAUGGAUAGUCUGCUGUAUCCUGGAUACACCUGUGGCCCCUGUCCACCUGGAACCACUGGCAACGGGACGCACUGUCAGGACGUUGACGAGUGUGAGCUGCAGCCGUGUUUCUCUCCCGACGCCUGUGUGAACACUGUGGGGGGGUUCAGCUGCCUGCCCUGUCCUCCAGGCCUGUGGGGGGCACCACUCGCUGGAACCGGACUGGAAUACGCCAAGACACACAAACAGGACUGUAUGGACAUUGACGAGUGUGUCAGUCUACCAGACGCCUGCGUGUCAAACUCUUUGUGUAUCAACACUGUGGGUUCAUACAAGUGUGGCAGCUGUAAACCUGGUUUCCUUGGUAACCAGACAUCAGGUUGCUUCCCCAGGAAGUCGUGUACUGCGUUGACCUUUGACCCUUGUGACAUCAACGCUCACUGUGUCAUGGAGUGGAACGGAGAGGUUUCUUGCAGGUGUAAUGUUGGCUGGGCAGGUAAUGGUAACACCUGUGGAAUGGACACGGACAUCGAUGGCUUCCCAGACCGCCCUCUGCCCUGCAUUGACAUCAACAAACACUGCAAACAGGACAACUGUGUGUUCACUCCAAAUUCUGGUCAGGAGGACGCCGACAACGACGGGAUCGGAGAUCAGUGUGACGAGGACGCAGAUGGAGACGGCAUUAAAAACGUGGAGGAUAACUGCCGCUUGAUCGCUAACAAAGACCAGCAGAACUCGGACAGCGACUCAUUCGGGGACGCCUGCGAUAACUGUCCCAAUGUUCCCAACAGCGACCAGAAAGACACCGACAAUAACGGGCAGGGAGACGCCUGCGACCAGGACAUCGACGGAGACGGUAUUCCCAACGUCUUGGAUAACUGUCCAAAGGUUCCCAACCCCAUGCAAACAGACAGGGACAGGGACGGCGUUGGAGACGCCUGUGACAGCUGCCCCGAGCUCAGCAACCCCAUGCAGACAGACAUAGACAACGACCUGGUGGGAGAUGUUUGUGACACCAACCAGGACACGGACGGAGACGGCCACCAGGACAGCAGAGACAACUGUCCCGACAUCCCCAACAGUUCCCAGCUGGACUCUGAUAACGACGGCCUCGGAGAUGACUGUGACCACGACGACGACAAUGACGGUGUCCUCGACGACUAUGACAACUGUCGGCUCAUUGUCAACCCCAACCAGAAAGACUCAGACGUGAACGGUGUUGGUGAUGUCUGUGAGGAUGACUUUGAUAAUGACGCUGUGAUGGAUUUUAUCGACGUGUGUCCUGAGAGCGCUGAGGUCACACUAACGGACUUCAGAGCCUACCAGACUGUCAUCCUGGACCCAGAGGGAGACGCCCAAAUCGAUCCCAACUGGGUGGUUCUUAAUCAGGGAAUGGAGAUUGUUCAGACGAUGAACAGUGAUCCUGGUCUAGCUGUGGGAUACACAGCGUUUAACGGCGUUGACUUCGAGGGAACGUUUCACGUCAACACAGUGACGGACGACGACUACGCAGGGUUCAUCUUCGGGUAUCAGGACUCGUCCAGUUUCUACGUGGUGAUGUGGAAACAGACGGAGCAGACGUACUGGCAGACCGCCCCCUUCAGAGCCACGGCCCAGCCCGCACUGCAGCUCAAGGCGGUGAAGUCUCAGACCGGACCAGGAGAGUUUCUGAGGAAUGCCCUGUGGCAUACUGGAGACACUCCCGGAGAGGUGAAGCUGCUCUGGAAGGACCCACGAAAUGUUGGCUGGAAGGACAGAACCUCGUACCGCUGGCAGCUCAGCCACCGGCCGCAGGUCGGAUACAUCAGGGUGAAGCUCUUUGAUGGGAUAGACAUGGUGGCCGACUCUGGCGUUGUGACUGACACCACGAUGAGAGGAGGCAGGCUCGGUGUCUUCUGUUUCUCCCAGGAAAACAUCAUCUGGUCCAACCUGCGCUACAGAUGUAACGACACGGUGCCUGAAGACUUCCAGACUCAUCGUAAACAGGUUCUGGUGCACAUCCACGUUUGAGAGCAGCAGACAGACUCAUGUUGGUCUUUCUAACUGUGUGAGGACCCUCAUUGACACAACAGAUUCCCUAGCCCCUUACCCUAACCUUAACUAUCAGAAUUAAAUAUCUAACCCCAACACUUCCCCUAACACCUAACCUAAACCUGGUUCUAAGCUGAACCCCAAAACCAGGUCUGAACCCUCUCACAGCGCACGUGAGACCCGGACAACAUGUUCUCACUUUUCAUUAAUGUCCUCACAGUGCAGAGGUGUCCUCUUACAGGUAUCAAGAGUCGGUCUGAGGAAAUGCUGAUGAGGAGCAUGUGAACGUACUGUCAGUGAGGGUUUAUGUGAAAUUUAAACGUAACAUUUCCAGUUCAGUGUUUCUGUGCAUCCAUGUAUGAGUCAGAGUGUGAGGAGUUAUUUUGGAGUUCAGUCUGUUCACUGAUGCUGACAGAUGAGAAACUUUCUGACAGCUGUCCAAGUCCAAGAUCUAAAAAACUUGUGGGAAAGUAAAGGAUACAGGUCAACUACUGUACCACUCCCAAGGUGCGUUUCAGUAACAAACAGCCUAUCACAGAGCGUCACAUAACAUUAAUGUAUGGAUGAGGAGCAUGUGUUAAAAGCAGGAGGUGAAUCCUCUCCAGUUUUGCCCUCCAUUCAUGUACGUCCACGUUUCAAGAAUCUACACGGUCCAGUCUGAUCCAGUCAGUUUCCUCUGUAGCUUCAUGUUUGAUGAAUGUUUUGUUUUGGACUGGAGCUCUGUGUUAGCUGCAGGAGUCCAGCUUAAUGACCCUGCUGAGCACUGACAAGAUAAUGUUAGGAAGCCCAAAUGAAAAGUGCCAAACAGUGGAAUAUGUUUGUGGAAAUAAACUUGUCCAUGACUUUUCCUAAAACGCUGCUUUUGUCUUCCAUGGUUUCUACAGCACAAAGGCUCAGACUGGC